AUGGAAUCAGACUACCGAUGCGCAAAGUGUAACGAAAGAUUCAACACUAUAGAUAAGCAGUAACUUAUACUGCCUUGUGGUGAUUCUAUCUGUUUAUCUUGUUUCGAACCUCUUCUCCUUCCUCAGGAAAGCAAACUUGUGUGUCCAGUUGAUCAAGAAAUCAUCAUUAUCCCCAAGAAGUUCAAAGAAAAUGUUCAGAAGAUGCUUAAGACUAAAAAUAAUAUGCUUUGGAUAUUGUGCUAAGACCAUGUAGAUAUUAUCGCUGAGUACUACUGCAACACUCAUAGAUAAAUGAUCUGCCACUAGUGUGCCUACAAGACUCAUGCCGAUCACGCCAAGAAACUUGACCAUGUGGUGACUAAUGAUAUCUAAGGAUUUUGCGAGAGGGCACUACAUAGACUCCAAGAGAGAAAAAACAAGCUAAGUGAGUUGAUAUCUGAGGUUGAAGAAUUAAACUUAAAGGAAAAGAGCAGCACUUCAGACUCAUUUAUUAAGAUCUUCAGAGACGUCUAAGAUCAGUUGAUACCUCAUAUGGAUAAAGCUCAAAUUAGAGAGGUCUAGUUAAAAUUCAAGGAGAAAGGUGAUGCUGAUUUCAACGAAGAUACACUUGCUGUCUUUAACAUUACUAACGAGCAUGAACUACUUUUAAAGCAGUGGAUUCACGGUGAAGAGAAAGCAGAAGAUACUAAGUUUGAACUUUUAUACAAAGCAACUAGAGAUACAUUCAGUGCUUAGAAAAUGCACGAAUUGAUUGACGACAAGGGACCCAUUGUUGGCCUGAUUAAAUCUCAGCAUGAUCAAGUUUUCGGAGGUUACUGCUCAUUAGGAUGGAAAUCAGCUGGAGCCUUUGUGGAAGACGAUAAAGCAUUUAUUUUUAGCUUGACUAAGAAGACAAAACAUGAACUGUCUUAGAAUAAAAACCAAGCUGUUUACUAUGACAAUGGUUUCAUGCUAUGGUUCGGUUACGACAUUUUGCUUUACAAUGACUGCAAUGCCAAUGCUAGCAGUUAUUCAAACUUUGGAAAUAGUUACUAGCUACCAGAUGGAAUGGCUAUAGGAUCAGAAGAGGCAAAUAAUUAUAUUGCUGGAUCUCAUUACUUCACAGUGAGCGAGAUUGAAAUAUUUAAAGUGACUCUCCCAGAGUGA